AUGCGACUACAGAUUUUACUCCACCCUCAAUUACGCACAACUCUGCCAGAAUGUGCUCAACGCAGUCUUCGUAGGAACGUCUGGGUUCGCUUCAAGUCGCAGAUACCUCGGCCGUCGCAGAAGCAUCUUUCACCAUUACCCAAAUCAAAGGAAACCCCCCAGCUACACGUUCUCCAGUCACAAGAAAUCUCACACCACCAAGGACAACCACCAGGACAGGUAUGGCCACCAGAACGAAUUUUGGUCUAUUAUGGAGGGACGGGUAGAGCUAUAUUUCUGGGAACGCUGCGAAUCACCACGGUGCUUCUAUUCGGUGCAGCAUGUCUAAUCGUUGCACCAGCAUGUUCCGUGGCCGAUGAUUACCCUUGGUACAGCACACCUGCGGUGAUUGCUGCUGGUGCCCUCCCAAUGAUAUUUGUCUCGUAUACUGCUGCCCCGUAUGUGAACUUUAUCCAUCUGGCACUGCCUGCCUUUGCGAGGAAGUCGCGGGAAGCGGCUGUCCAGUAUGCAAAAGAUCUGCCUCCAACGGCAGUGCUAUAUCUCACCAGCAUGCGAUUCAAUACCAUUCCCCGGCAAACGACUGUCCGUCUUGGUGAUCUUGUUCCCUUCAAAGACGCCCUGCGACCCGUCACAUUCCAAAAUCUGAAUCCGUCACCGCAACGAUGGUGGCAGGGAAGAGCCCCAACCCAGUUUUAUACUGGAACCCACAGCAAGCCGGGGAGACAGACUUCGGCUUUCUUCCCUGAAUUGUGGAAUGGAAUUUACCAGCAGAUUCAAAAAGUCAAGUCACAGCCUCAUUGA